AUGUGUAGCUCCGGCGAGGUGGUCUGCGACGGAGGUGCGUGGAUAGGCACUGGAGAAGACGAAGGAGCCAUGGUUAUCGGAGACAAGGCCUGCCGGCCGGCCGUGAGGGCCGCCGGCAGCGACGGCGGUGACGAGGGAGAUCAGCCCGCCGCUGGCCUCUGCCGUGCCUCCGCCAGGCCUUCGCUGCCCGACGCGACCCCCGAAUCCGAUGAAGGAGACGUCGGCUGGCCUCUACCAUGUCUCCGCCGCCUGGCGCCAACAGCAAUGCAGGAGACGCCGGUCGUGACUCUGACGUGCAUCGAGAACCAUUUUCGUCGGCGUCCUCCAACAGACAUCCUCAGCACCGGUCGCCGGUCGCCUCAUCGAGCUCCCCUCCAUCUCCUGCAUCUUCUUCUUCCGCAGGAGGCGCAAGCGAGGAGGCGCAAGCGAGGAGGAAGCCGAGGCGGCCUCCUGGAUCAUGCUAGGCUGACAAGGAUCGGAGACGAACAAGACGGCGUUCGAAUGGCGGAAGGAGACGGCGGCAGUGGUCGGAUGGCGAAACGUGACGGCGCACGACUGACCGGCAGUGAGAAGUAG